UAUGUACAUUUAUACUUAAAGUCUUCGAGGAUUAUAUACGACCUGCCUACACUUAUAACCGUGAACAUAGUCCAUUUUAAUAAGACUUUUUUUACACCAUAUAUUAAACAGAUGUUUUCUCGAGGAUCAAAGUACAAGGAAGUAUGUCAGUUUCAAUGUGAUUUUUUGUUCCAGAUUUUGAACUUUUUCACAAACGAUGUGUAAGUAAAGUAAUACUCCACGUAUAAAGAUUUGUUUUGAAAGAGAAUACAGACUAAGGCAUUCUGUGAUAUCAGAAAAAUACGCAACUUUAUCAAGGAUAAGCUAAAAUCGUCCAAAGGAAAAAUGGAUUCGAAUAGCAUGGAGGAGUUUGAAAAGAAUUUCUGUGGGAAAUGGAAAAUGGAGAGCGAGGAAAAUGUAGUGGAAUUAUGCGAUCAUAUGAAGCUGUGCGAGGAGGACCGGAAGAUGAUGACAAGCGUCCAGCCAGCCUUGAUCUUGGAGCGGAAAGGAGACGCGAUCGAACAAACGUACAAGGACGAUAACUUCACUUUCUCGCAAGUUGUCACGUUUGGCGUGCCAUACGAGUCCAAGGCACCUGGCGACUCACCAAUGUACCAUAACAUCACCACGUGUACAUUCAAAGAUGGAGUCAUGCACAAUGACGUAGUUAGUCAGCUGACCGGCGAGAAAAAACGAGACUUCGAGGUCGAUGUCAAGAUCGAAGGCGGGAAACUUGUAACGACAGAUUGGCAGAAAGGAGACCCCAGCGUUAAGGCAAAGCGGGUGUACGUUAAAUUCUAAUGUCAGGCCUAGCAGUUCUUUAAAACCAUCGCUGAUCGAUGCAAUCUGCAGUGAACAGUGUGUUCGUGUCUUGAGCACUCCACUUAACGUAGACGGAUUUCAGCUGGAUCAUCUUAAAUAAAUCCUAAUUUAAAAGUU